GUGCGCUCUGUUUGGGGGUAAACAAAAGAAGGUGGCGUGUACCCAGCGUAUAUCAUGUAAACCAUCUCUACUGGAGGAAGCCCUGUGCUGGAGGUGGAGUCUCCUUGAGGAAGAACCUGUCGAGCAGCCAUAGGGACUAAUUAUCUGCAGUGCUGACUCUAUAUCACUGGGCAGAGAGAGGAAGGACAUAGCCAGAGCUGGACUCUGAGAGUGCAUUAUAGUCACUAGAGUAUAUAGGGCCAAAGACGGCAAAUAUUUAUGUAUCUAUAUACUCAGGCAUAGGGGACACAGCAUAGCAUGUCCUAUCUCCCAAUCCUGGAAUAGCAGAUUUCAUCAUUGCCUACAGUGAGAUAAAGAAAUUACAAUGGAGAAAGAAAAUCUUAUGAGUUCGCUGAGAAUAAAGGGCACGGAGGUGUCGCUGGCACUGGAACAAUUUACUCUGACCUGGAGCUUUAACAAGAGAUGGGCAUGCCGGAAGAAAAGGAUUACAGUCUCCAUUCCGGUAAAUGAAAUCGCCGCAGUUUGUCCGGGCGACAGCAAACAGCAAACGAAGAGCAUUAGCGCCCCCAGUAACCAGUUCACAGUGUAUCACGUGUCCCGCAUGUCUUCCCAGCGCUGGUCUCUGCAGUUGGUGACGUUCACAGCUCCAGAUGCCCAGGUGGCGCAUAGUUGGGUGCAGGCCAUCCAGAACAAAAUGUUCGAGCCAGGACACACAAGGCCAAAGAAACUUCUUGUGUUCAUUAACCCGUAUGGAGGACGCGGUAAAGCGUCAAGAAUUUACUACAGUAAAAUAAGUCCCCUCUUCCAGCUGGCGGGGAUUAAAACUGAUGUGAUUGAAACAACACGGGCAAACCAUGCAAGAGACUACAUCAUGGAUUCCGAUCUACGGACUUACGAUGGGGUGGUGUGUGUUGGAGGGGAUGGCAUGUUCAGCGAAUUGCUUCACGGGCUGGUGAGACGUACGCAGAGUGACAGCGGAGUUUGCGAAGACAAGGAGGACGCGAAACUGACGCCAUGCCACCUACGGAUUGGAAUUAUACCAGCUGGCUCUACAGAUUGUGUAUGUUUUGCAACAAUGGGAAUCAAUGACCCGGUGACAUCAGCUCUGCACAUUAUUAUCGGUGACACACAACCACUGGAUGUUUGUGCUUCAUACCACGGAGGACAACUGAUGAAAUAUUCGGUGUCACUGAUCGGCUACGGCUUCUUCGGGGACGUCCUAAGGGAGAGCGAAGACAUGCGCUGGGUGGGACCUAUACGUUACGAUCUAGCAGGCAUAAAGAUGGUGCUCAGUAACCGCUCCUACAGAGGGACCAUAGAAUUCCAGGAGGCCCAAGACAGCAGCUCCAGCCCAAGAGACAACACUCGCUGCCGGACAGGGUGUCUUGUCUGUUCCGAGUCCUCAAACAGAUUACGAGAGAUGACAGAAGACUCUGAAGAAACAGACUGUGACUCAGACACGUGGAAGAAGGUGACGGGUUCCUUCAUGGCGAUCAACAUUACUGGAAUGUCCAGCGCUUGUCCCAAAAGUCAAGAUGGCCUAUCCCCAACGGCGCACUUAGCAGAUGGGACCGCUGACCUAAUCCUGGUGCGGGAAAGCAACACAGUACAGUUCCUGAGACACCUAAACCGACACACUAACUGCAAAGACCAGUUCGCCUUGUCUAAUGUGGAGGUGCAUCGGAUCCACGCUAUGCGCUUCACCCCUGAGGAACUUGAUGAGGAAGAAGAAAUCUGGCAGCAGAAGAGAUUAUUUGUAUGCCCAUGUGGAAAUACGUUACAAACCAGCACGUGGAACUGUGAUGGAGAGAUCUUGGACUGUGCACAGCUCAGCGUGAGGGUACAUCACCAGCUCAUCCAAUUGUUUGCUCGGGGUAUAGAAGACACCUCAUGCAAAUGAACUACAGAUGACAAACCAGUGGCCAGAAAGACUGGCAUCAACUAUAUGCUGCGGGCACAGCAAACUCCGGGGUUGCCUGCUGGCCAGGCACUGCCCGACACCAGAAAACGUACACUGCCAAGCACUUAAUGUCUCUGCCAAAAAACUGCAUUUCCAGUCAAAUCCUGCCAGCUAAUAGGUUUAGGGGCCUUAUAAUAUUGCAGUAGUGCCAACAUUUACCCCAUAAUGGGGCUCCUAAUAGAGGAAAACGUUGUUAAAUUAUAAACAUUGCGAUACCACGACAAGCCUGGCGCUUGUAAGACAUAUUUAUGUUUGCACAGAGACAAGAUUGGGUUAAAGGAGUAUUCCGCUCCCACGUGUGUCUGGGUAGGACAGCUUGUAAUGACAGGAGAGGGUGGCUCAUUUUUGGGGAUCCUCACCAUUGUCCGGGUACAGACUCGGCCAGUCAACAUGCAUUACUUGAAUUGCUUUAGGCACUUUUUUCCAACCGGGAUGCCUCCAGCUGUUGCAAAACUACAACUCCCAGCAU